CUGUGGGAGUUGUUGCUAUCAAAACUAACAACAUCUUUCCUCUUUUUUUCGUGAAAUCUAUUUUGGACGCAGGUUUGCAUCCAAACUCAGCGGGGAAGUAAAUAUUUCUGUUUUUGUGGACUGUUCAACCGCCAGCUAGCGACCACGGCGAGUCAAGUGGGAACUCUUCACUGCAAUUAACUUGUGUGGAUUUGUUUCUGAUGCUCCGGCCGAGAGCCGACAGUUUGCGGCUGUCUGUUGAGGGUCUGCUGGCUUGAAAUUGUUCUUGUUUGUUUGGUCGCCUCUCUGUACUCGGAAUACAUCGGAUCCUAAGCAAAACAAACGCUGGAGUGAUUGAGGCGGCUCCAACCCGUUCAUUUCUCACCUGGUUCUUGCCCUCCUCCUCCCCCCUUUAGCUGCCCCCAGCUAAUGAGCCGUUUCCCGUGUUUUUCCGGUUGAUUUACGGCCGCACUGCCGGUUUAGCGGAGGAGAGACAACGACCGAAAGCCAGCGAGAAACAGAGGGGAGCGAGGACUCAGAUUAAACGGUCGGUGAACUCGGACGGAGCGCUCGGUUUUGUUUUAAAUUAACGACAGCCGGUCCUAAAAAUAACGGCGGAUGGAUUCGUCUCCGUGAUCUGGUGCUCCCCACAUCUUCGCUGUACCCUCAGUCGAUCCCUCGAAACUGGGAUUUAAGAAGGAAACGGUUGCAUCCUCCAGGAGAUAACGAUGUUUCCCCAGGGGCGACACCCGACGCCCCACCAGGCUCCAGGCCAGCCCUUCAAGUUCACCAUCCCAGAGUCACUGGACCGCAUCAAGGAGGAGUUCCAGUUUCUUCAGGCACAGUACCACAGUCUCAAGCUGGAGUGUGAGAAGCUGGCCAGUGAGAAGACGGAGAUGCAGAGACACUAUGUUAUGUACUAUGAGAUGUCUUAUGGCCUGAACAUCGAAAUGCACAAACAGACUGAGAUUGCCAAGAGACUAAACACCAUCUGUGCACAAGUCAUUCCCUUCCUCUCACAGGAGCAUCAGCAGCAGGUGGUCCAAGCCGUGGAGCGAGCAAAACAGGUGACCAUGGCAGAGCUCAAUGCGGUCAUUGGGGUACGUGGACUGCCAGGCCUUCCACCCACACAACAUCUAUCCCAUAACCACGGUGGUGCCCCCGUGCCCCUCACUCCUCACCCUGCUGGCCUUCACCCCUCUCAGCUGGGUGGGUCAGCUGGUCUCCUGGCUCUGUCGGGAGCACUUGGAGCUCUUCCUCCCCACCUGGCAGGAAAAGAUGGUGGUGAUAAAAAGCCCCACCUGUCCGGGCCAGACUCACACUCUGCAGGACCUGAGCACCUGAGAGAGCGAGAGCCCGGCACAAGUAACUCAUUGCUGCCAGAAAGUCUUAGGAACUCAGAUAAGCGGCGCAACGGACCUGAGUUUCCAAAUGACACCAAGAAACGCAAGGUGGAUGACAAGGACUCCAGCCACUAUGAUAGUGACGGGGAGAAAAGUGAUGAUAAUUUAGUGGUAGAUGUCUCGAAUGAGGACCCUGCUUCCCCGCGUGGUACACCUCUGCCCUCCCCUAGAGAAAAUGGCCUGGAUAAAGCACGUCUUCUCAAGAAAGACCCCUGCAGUCCAGCCUCUACUGCAUCAUCAGCUAGCUCCUCCUCCCUCAAGUCCAAAGAGAUGUCAAUGCGAGACAAGGCUGGUACACCUGGGCUAAAGUCAAGCACACCCACGCCAAGAGGUGACUCCACCCCUGGUCCCAGCUCCACCCCUGGAAUCCGGCCAAGUCUAUCAAAACCCCCCUCCAUGGAGAUACCGCAUCCACCCACUGCAGGUUUGCGGACCCCCCUGGCUGUACCAGGCCCAUACCCCGGCGCAUUUGGUAUGUUGCCCCACGCAGCAGGGAUGAACGGGGAGCUGGCUGGUGCAGCGGGUGCUGCAGCAUAUGCUGCCGGACUGCACAACAUGUCACCUCAGAUGAGCGCUGCUGCUGCGGCUGCUGUGGCUGCGUAUGGCCGUUCACCCAUGGUUGGUUUUGAUCCUCAUCCUCACAUGCGAGUUCCUGGAAUGCCUCCCAGUCUGACAGGAAUCCCUGGUGGCAAACCCGCUUACUCCUUUCACGUGGCGGCCGACGGACAGAUGCAGCCGGUGCCGUUCCCCCCGGAUGCUUUGGUGGGCCCGGGGAUUCCUCGCCACGCCCGUCAGAUCAACACACUGAACCAUGGAGAGGUGGUGUGCGCCGUCACCAUCAGUAACCCCACCCGACACGUUUACACAGGAGGGAAGGGCUGCGUCAAGGUCUGGGACAUUAGUCACCCAGGAAACAAGAGCCCAGUGUCUCAGCUUGACUGUUUGAACCGAGACAACUACAUCCGCUCGUGUCGUCUCCUCCCUGAUGGCCGGACGCUGAUUGUGGGAGGUGAGGCGAGCACGCUGUCCAUCUGGGAUUUGGCCACACCCACCCCCAGGAUUAAGGCAGAGUUAACAUCAUCAGCACCAGCAUGUUACGCUCUGGCCAUCAGCCCAGACUCUAAGGUCUGCUUCUCAUGCUGCAGCGAUGGAAACAUCGCCGUCUGGGAUUUACACAACCAGACUCUCGUUAGGCAGUUCCAGGGCCACACAGAUGGAGCCAGCUGUAUUGACAUCUCUAAUGAUGGCACCAAGCUGUGGACCGGAGGCCUCGAUAACACUGUGCGCUCCUGGGAUCUGAGGGAGGGACGGCAGCUGCAGCAGCAUGACUUUACAUCACAGAUCUUCUCUCUCGGCUACUGUCCGACAGGAGAGUGGCUAGCUGUGGGAAUGGAGAGCAGCAAUGUUGAGGUCCUUCAUGUCACCAAGCCUGACAAAUACCAGCUUCAUCUACAUGAGAGCUGUGUUCUCUCUCUUCAGUUUGCCUACUGUGGUAAAUGGUUUGUGAGCACGGGAAAGGACAACUUACUGAAUGCAUGGAGAACACCAUAUGGAGCCAGCAUAUUCCAGUCUAAAGAAUCAUCCUCGGUGCUAAGCUGUGACAUAUCUGUGGACGACAAGUACAUCGUCACAGGUUCAGGGGACAAGAAGGCCACCGUUUACGAGGUCAUCUACUAAAAAAUGUGGAAAGAAAGCAAGGACAUUUGUUCUUUCCCACACACCCAAUGUGUUUCUAGAGAUUUUCACGUGGAGACGAGAGUGACCUUGAUGGCACCUUCUUAUUUCUGUCACAUCUGCUGAGGAGACACAGAAAGGAGAUAAACGUUUUACAUGCACACAUCUUGUGCCUGUAUACUUGACUCCAUAUCAGCUGGGAAUUAACUGGAGCAGCUGGAUGUUAAUGGAAAGAGAGGGACUGUUUGGAUGUUUGUGUCUCUAAUACUUUCUUCUACGGACUGCACUGGGAUCAGUUAGAGGGACCGGACGAUGACUGAACCAAAGGAAAACACUGUACUGAAGAUCAGAUUGUAAAACAGACUUGAUCCAGUGUCUUGGCCAGAGGCAGAGACACUGGGACGAACACUCAAACUGUGGCUCGAUGUGUAAAGGGGCAGACUGAAAGAGAAGAGAAUGUGGACAGAGACUGACAAAACAAUGGAGAGACGGAGGAGGAGAAGCAACGCAGUGAAUCCUUUUGUAUUUUGUUCCAGACAGAUGAUGCUCACAGCCUGUUGAUCUCUCAGCUCUGACUCUCUGACCUUAGAACCUCAGCUUGCUGUUCUGACAUGCCUACACUGUCUGAAAAGUACCUUUUCUGUCUUAACAGUAAGUCUUAUCCUCACUAACUGCACUGUAGUGGUAGCUGUCCACCUCCACGCUUAGCCCACACACACAAUGACAGUUUUAAACACACAGAAGGCCGUGUUGACUUGUCUAGCAUCGCGCUAUUGCUGACUUCUGUGAGGGGUUAGUUUGGUCCUCAUGAGGCGAGGUACGUUUAUCAUAAUUCAGAACCAUCUCAGAUGCCACCAAAAAGUAUGUAAGUACUUUGGAGAAAAAAUAGCUCUCCAAGCCAAAUAAGCUUCCAGGACAGGAGAAUAUACCUUAAAUGAUGUUACAGGCUUAACUCUGCUGGUUUUCAUCUUUAUUUUCUCCUCAGUUUCCUAUGAUCCUGUUUGAAAGUACAAUUUAGGAGGAAAAAAGUCUCAGAUUGACUUAAUCCUCAAAUUCCAAUGAUCCUCCUCAUCAAGUGUACCUGUUUCAACAGAUCAUUCCCCUACUUCCCACAUAGCUGUUACUCCACAAGCAACAUAAGCCUUCAUACUGGAAUUUCUUCUAAUUGUUUAGCCCUUAUGCUCUGUAAUUGAGCCGCAGUGUGUGUCAUCAGCUGCACGUGUUGGCAGAGUGAGCCCCACCUUUACUCACGCUAUUGCUGAAAUUGACUUGGCAACAUUUAAGAGAUUGGGAAUUGGUGAGCUGGUUGUAGCUUCAGAUUUUUAUAAGUAGCCUUUUUCAUGUAAUCCGGUUGAAAUCUGGACAUACCCCUCCUGUUAUUUAGUUCAUUUGCUUGGGGUCUCUUUUUGUAAGUUCAUAAGCAUUAAAAUUAAUAGUGUUGAAUUUCAGUUUUCCAUUCAUUUGAAAAAACUUGUAAAUUCACCCCGACCCUGCCUUUGUCGCUCUCUCACACAGUGUCUCACUGUAUGAGACGGCGAAUCACGCUUCAGACCAGGGACCAACUACACUUCAUAAAAAGAUCAUCUCGACAAGUAAAUUAAUCUUGUGUUUAAACGUGUGACAAGUCCUUUCUACCUUAUUCACUAAAACAUCAUCCUAUAAACGGGACUGCCUUUUUUUAUGAAAUACUUUCAUUUUUUCUGCUAAUGUUCUUGAAUGUGGGACAUUUGUGAAAUUGCCUUUGAACGCACAACCGUCUCAAGCUGUUUUCUCUUUUUACUUCACAGUCAAGUUUAAGAGGACAAGCAAGAUUAAAUUAUUUGUCAAGAUGGUCGUAUAGAGAAGGUUAGUGAAGGUGCAGUUGUUUUUCAGAUUCAGGAAGGAGUCAGUUUCAGCCUUUUUAAACUCAUAAAUUUCAUGACCUUGUGCUUAGUUUUUUUUUUAUCUAUGUUUUUUUUUGGAAUGUUUGUAAAAAUGUAUAUAUGUUUUUUUUCUUACAGGACAUGCUUUAGAAAUAACAAGCUGUUUUUGUACGUCUUUAACAUGGAAAAGA